CUGACUCGACCGCGUAUUACUUAUAACUUCCCACCUCAUUGAACCUUCACUCUCUUCGUAUGGCGAAAAGGAAGGCGAAAAGCGAAGAGGAGGAUUUCGAAGAGUCUGACGCGUCGCGGGAAGCCUCUCCCCCACCCAAGAAAAAAUCCGUCAAGAAACCUAAACCAGUAGAAAAAGAUAAUGAAGUUUCAGAGGAAGAGAGACCCAUUUUGAAGGGAAGAAAGGCGUCUACCUCUCGAGGAACGGCCGCUAGUUCUUCGGUAACAGAUUCAAUUCAGGUUCACAAGACUUCUGAAGGAGAUUCUUUCGUCGAUAUCGGAAAAAAGAGACGCGCCACCGUUCGUAACUUCAAAGGCAAGCCGCUCAUCGACAUCCGAGAGUUUUAUGGGAACGAUGGUGACGAGAAACCGGGAAAGAAGGGUAUCUCUCUGACUGAAGACCAGUGGGAGAUGUUGAAGAAAAGUGUUCCUGUCAUUGACCGACUCUUCACAGAGCAAACAAAGUGACCAGUGUGUUACAUCUUGACGCUGUAUUAUUUAGUUUCCUUGCGAUUUGCUGUUACUACGGUGUACUUAUUACUACCCAAACCAAACUAGUAACGCCCACGACGACGCUGCAACCCAACCAUUACCAUUAUGUAGAUAAACAUCGCG